ACUACUUCCUCUCAGGGACCAAGGCUGGGGCCGAGCAGGCAUAACAGCAUUCACGGCAGGAUAUUGUUGGACAAACAAUAUCAGCUCAACGCGGCAGGAGUUCACGGUCUGACUCAACAUCUUCACAGACUCUCUUGAUCACAUAUUCAUACCCAUUCUCACAUCAGCAUUCAAUUGCUGAUUGGUGAGAUUCAUCCAACAAACUACUCAAUACUUCCAAGCGACCACAGGGCUGCCUGAACUAGAAGAACAUAGACAGCAUAUCAAGAACAGAAGAUCCCGUUCACAGCUGCUACAGCGUCUUUCCACCGUACACCUGUGUUUCGAUUCGAAAAUACCAUCCACCGAAGUUUCCAGCAUAAAGACUCCCGGGAUGUCCCAAAUAUCCAUAUUGGGCUUCGCGCCCCCAACUCCCUCACAAGACCCAUCCGGUCCAGGUCCAAUACACUGGUCAAUUCUCGUCUCUCCAUCGAAAGACUUACAAACGACACAACAACCACAAUCCAAGCCAAAGAAGUCGCGCUUCCUCCAACGAUGGCAGUCUCCAGCCCAACCUCAACAACCAGUCUUUGAAUCGACCCUAUUCGACAUGCACAACCAUCAACUCCGCCAACAACAAUACCCGGUCCCUAUCUCUCACCCAGAAGAAGAAUCCAAUGCCCCUACAAGUGAAGCAACAACAGACAUAACAUCCUCACUAGAGGGCAAACCCCACCGCCUGGUCCUACGCAUCGCCCUGUCCACGCACCCAAGCACCUCACAAAAACUCGCCACAAAGGUCUCUACCCUGCUCUACGCAACGCCCACAUACGGUCCAGAAGAUGACUGGCUUCGCGCCGCGCUCGAAGAGCUUAUCUUCGCUCGUAUCCUGGACUCAGAGACCAUCAGCUACGACGUCGACGCGAUCCUCAACUACGCCCGUGGCGCCGCCACCAACCCUGCUAUCGGCGUCCAAGAACUCGACUACGCAGCACAUAUGACUCGCACCACGCAAGUCAAAGAAAUGUUCUCUCGAGGUAACGCCGCUCCAAAAUCUCCGUCUGUUUCGCCGUCAAGGAAUUCAAGGCCUGCGAAUAAGCGUGUCUCGAGUAAAUCACAUUCCUUCCUGGGAUUCUGGGUGACACAAGGCGGCAGCGGACAAGUAAAGCGUCACCAAGAGAAGCGGGACUAUUGGCAGCGACAGGAUGAUCCAUAUGGUGGGCUCAUGUAGAAACUUGCUCUAUCACCGAGCAUGGAGUCUGGAGUUUUGGGCGACGAGAGGCUAGAGCUGCGCAGACUCCAGGCUGAUUUGGCACCUAUAAUAGCCCCAGUUGCCUUACUGGAGGUGAUUUGACAACCUCAAUCAAGAUACCUAUUAGCUGUUCUCUUCUCCGCAGAAACAAUGAUUUAAUUGCCAAAAGGA